GGAUUUCUCCACUUGAAAAUGAGCACUCACAGAAGUUAGGGCUCGAAUGAAUAAAUUGGACGGGAAUCAGCAUUCAUAGAGAGGGAGGGGUUGACAAACAAUGGCAGCCCUUGUCUACGAGAUCUUCUCUUCGUCGGCGCUGUUGUCAUUAGGGCUUUACCACCUCAUCAGCACCACCCGCAACUACCUGAAAUCUCCUCAAUCUUACUCGGCCAAGCCCUUCCAUCCCUUCAAUCAUCACCGCCUCAAACACCUUCAGCUCUACCUUCUCCUCUUCUGCCUUCUUAUCGCCUUCCUCCACCAACUGCUCAUCUCUUCCGACUCCGAUCCUCUCCUCAAGGGCCACACCCCCGUCCACCGCUUCACUUCGCUCCAGUCCGCCGCCGUCCUCUUCCUCUUCCUCCUCCUCUCGCUCUCACUCCUCCUUUCCGACUUCGAUCUCCUUCCUCUCCCCUCUGAUCUCUUCUUCGCCAUCGCCUCCGCCCUCUUCUUCUUACACUACUCCGUUUCCUCCUCCUCCGCCUCCGUCCAGACCUCCCUUCUCCAGGCCAAGUGCGACUCGCUCUCCGCCCGCAUCUCGGCCCUCGCUUCUCUCGUCUCUCUCCUCCUCGCCUGCCGCCCCACGCUUUUCGUUGCCGAUGUCGCCCUCUCCGCCACCCUCUGCUUACAGGGCCUGUGGGUGCUCCAGACCGGCCUCUCCCUCUACGUCGACGCCUUCAUUCCCGAAGGCUGUCACAGGUUGCUCGACGUGGUUAGCGGGGUCGAGGGCUCCACCAAGUGCGAGUUGGAGGAGUCGCGGUUGAGGGCCGUCGCCAUUCUGGAUCUCGUGUUUGUGGUUCACGUCAUGUUCGUCGUCCUCAUUGUGAUGGUCACUUACGCGGCUGUUGCCAAGACCCUUGGCAUCAGGAGAUCGCUUGGAUCGUACCAGGCCUUGCCCAACACUGCCACUACAGCAGAUAACAAUCACAUUCAGAUGAAAGCUUUGGCUGGCACCCAGGCUUGAAUCUUUUCUAGUGUGAAUUUUAGGCUGACUCUCAAGCCGUGGAAGAGGCAAGGAAAGGGUAUAUCAAUGGAGCCUCAGCUGCUGGUCGUCUGGUAUGUCUUGAUGUCCUGGUUUGUGGGUCGGUUUUGAUGCUAGAACAGAUUGACUCAUGUUGUUUUUUGAGGGCUUUCGGUAGUAGUAUUAGUGCUAGGAGGGUGGAUUAAUACCUGGGUAGUUUUAUGGGUUUUGUCUUCCUUGUCCUUUUUCUGAUUAGCGGCUCUCUUGUAUACUUCUUAUGUGGUACACCCAUCGGUUUUAAUGAAUUUUGCUUGCUUAUAGUA